AUGAACCACAAGUUGGUAGAAAUAAACUCCAAACUUGAGUCAUUGACUUCAAGAGUGCAAAUCAUUGAGUCUUCUAGUGCAUCAUCCUCUUCACCACAAGAGUAUGCCCAAGCAGUUACACUGAGAAGUGGGCGACAAUUUCCAAGCAGGAGUAGCCCACCCCAAAUCGCUGUGGACAUCGAUGACGAGGAAGGGGAGGAUUUGGUCGAGUAUGCUGAUAUCCCAGCACCGAACUCGAUCGAGCUGGAACAAAACCCUGAACCAGAGCUCGAUCGAGCUGAAGAAACCGAGACUCAGCAAGACAAACCAGAGCUCGAUCGAGCCGAGAAGCGAACGACAAAGCAAGUCCAGCCAACCAACUAA